UGAUAAUGAGGAGAAAUCAUUUGAUGAUCCAGAAAGGUUCCGUGCAGAACCUCGUCCCAAGCUGCAUAUCCUUCGCGUGUGGCCUAUGUUGAGCCACGGCGCGUUGAUAUGCACAUCGAUGCUCUUUUUCGCGCUAUGGAUGGGCACGCCUUCGCCCCACCUGCAUGAUGACAUUCCUAUAUACUCUCCAGCAAGUAGUGCUGUUGACUCCACGGUCGUAAAAUUCAAUGGAACCCUCGACUUUCCUUCUAUUUAUCGUGGCUCUCCUUCUCCAGAAAUUGAUGCCGCUUGGGCCAGGAUAGCUCGCGAUGUGCUACCAACUCGAGUGUCGCUUGAGGAUAUUCUCAAAGCCGGCGAAGUCGAUUCACCUUCCAAGGUCAAAUAUCCAGCCGAAUUUGGAGGGGGUUUCAUGGCAUCCAUGGAAGUCCCCCACCAACUCCAUUGUCUGAAUUUACUUCGCAAAGCCUCGUGGCCUGAGUAUUACAGACCAACAGAUAUUUCGUUCCAGGACACGCCAGAAGUAGUCCGCAUGCAUCUUGAUCAUUGCAUUGAAAUGAUCAGGCAGAAUAUCAUGUGCAAUGCCGACGUGACGAUGAUAACAUGGGACUGGGUUCAGGGACACAAAAUCCCAUACCCUGACUUCAACACCCGCCACCAAUGCAGGAACUACGAGAAAAUAUUGGAUUGGACCGUCGAGCACGCUGUUCAUAUCCCUAGAUCUGCGGUUACUCGUUUCGAAGAUACAGUUGACAUCCCCUUACCCUUCCACCUGAUGCACCAUGAUGUAUAAGGAAUAUCGUGCUGUUAAGUCAUUGCAUACAUUCACGAGUAUCUUGCAAGAACGGCAAUGAUUAAGAGCUUAGUCAAAUUAAUGUAUUGUUAGCGUAUCAAUGACAUUGCAACACAUCGUUCUACACAUC